AUGAUCGCUCACGACCAGAAAUCCAAAGUCCUCAAUACAAAUCAGAAUUUGAUGAUGACAUAUACAGCUACCACCGAUGGUGCUUUUGAUACGUUUCCAAUUGCAUCCUCGACCUUCACUCGAUCCAGGACCGCAGACUCGAGUGAUAUCGAGGAGCCGGUGAUGAUGUCCAUGAACGGAACCAAAAAUGCGCAGGGUGAGAGUCAUGCUAAGAAUGAUAAGUCGUCCGCUUAUGGGCACAAGUUGCGAAUACCUCUGGAGGAAUAUGUGCAGGCCAUGAAAGAGAAUGAAAUUCGUGAUUUGAGAUUACAAACCGAGCAGAUGUUCUACCAUGGCUACGACAAUUAUAUCAAAUAUGCAUUUCCGGAAGAUGAAUUGCGCCCUCUUUCGUGCGGCCCGCUUACGCGCGAUCGCGAUCAUCCCGAGAAGAUUGAACUUAAUGACGUCCUCGGUAAUUACUCAUUGACCCUGAUUGAUAGUCUGUCGACUCUUGCCAUCCUUGCAUCGAGCAAUGACACGGGGUCCCGCGCAUGGUCGCAUUUUGAGAAUGGUGUACAGGAUAUUGUGCGAUUGUAUGGCGAUGGAAGUCAGGGUUCUGAGGGCCAGGGAGAGAGAGCGCGUGGGUUUGAUUUGGAUAGUAAAGUGCAGGUUUUUGAGACGGUUAUACGAGGGCUGGGCGGCCUGCUUAGCGCGCAUCUCUUUGCAGUCGGCGAUUUACCGAUUCGAGGUUACAAACCGUCCGCGGAAGCUACUCAAUAUGCGAAGGCUUGGGACAAGAGCGCUUUUUCACCACUGAAUUACUCAAAAGGGAUUGUUUGGUCAAAUGGAUUUAUUUACAACGGACAAUUGCUUCGACUUGCCCGCGACCUGGCGGACCGUAUGCUCCCAGCUUUUUACACCCCGACAGGGCUUCCAUAUCCUCGAGUAAAUCUUCGUUAUGGGGUUACAUUCUAUGAAAAUUCGCCCUUGAGCAAAGACUACCCUGGUCAGAAAAAAGAUGACCAAAGAAAGUAUACGACGAGAUAUCAUUCCAGACCAGAAGUCACCGAGACAUGCAGUGCGGGCGCGGGAAGUCUUGUUUUGGAGUUUACGACUUUGAGUCGUUUGACAGGUGAUGGUCGUUACGAAGACUUGGCAAAACGGGCAUUCUGGGCUGUAUGGCUAAGACGAAGUGAGAUUGACUUGAUUGGUGCCGGUAUCGACGCAGAAACGGGCAACUGGGUGGCACCAUUUACAGGCAUUGGAGCUGGGAUUGACAGCUUUUUCGAAUAUGCUUUCAAAGCAUAUGUUCUUUUGUCGACUGGAGAACCACCCGAAUUCGACACUAGCAGCCCUUGGACCAUCAUGGACAAUUAUUUCCUACCACUGGAAGAGGCACAUCACUCACCUGAAUUUUAUUUUCAAGUCUGGCAGGACGCCCAAGAUGCCAUCAAGCAUCAUUUAUAUCGCGGACAUGGCUAUCAACAUCCGCAUUACGUGCAAGCAGAUUUGCAAACAGGUGCGACGAGAGCAUUCUGGAUAGACAGCUUGAGUGCUUUCUAUCCUGGUGUCCUUACCUUGGCGGGGAGAAUCGAGGAAGCAACCGAAAUACAUUUACUAGCUACUGCUUUAUGGACACGAUUUUCUGCCCUACCGGAGCGAUGGAAUGUUGCCACUGGGGAGAUAGACAACGGCCUGGGAUGGUGGGGAGGCCGUCCUGAGUUUAUUGAGUCUACAUACUAUUUGCACCGGGCUACCAAAGACCCGUGGUAUCUCCAUAUCGGUGAAAUGGUCUUACGCGAUAUAAAACGCCGUUGCUGGACACGAUGUGGUUGGGCAGGACUUCAAGAUGUGCGCACGGGCGAGCUACAAGAUCGCAUGGAGAGCUUUUUUCUCGGAGAAACAGCGAAGUACAUGUUUCUGCUUUUCGACACGGAUCACCCCUUGAACAACAUGGAUGCACCUUUUGUGUUCACAACGGAAGGCCAUCCACUGAUAAUUCCGAAGAACGUUCCAAAACCGUUGUUUUUGACACCUAACUCCAAUUCGGAAGAUGUGGUCGCUGAAGUUUGCGAAAUUGCUCCUGUAUCUCCUCCAUUCAGCUUCUCUGCCACUGCAGCGCGGCCGGACAUUUUUCACGCGUCGAGUCUCGCGCGUUUGCAUCUUAUGCCGGGUAGAAGCGAAGCUGGCGGUGCCCUAUUUGACUUUGCAAAUGACCAUCCAGGCGUGACUGUUUCUGAUCUGUUUUCACCGUCGAAUUAUACAUUUUACCCCUGGACUCUACCUUCUGAGCUUGUACCUUAUAAUGCAAUGAGCUCUCCGAUGUCGAUACGACCCACUCUCGACAUUUCUUUCCCGAAAUUGCCAAGCAUGAUCAUUGGCUCGGGGUCCAUGGAAAGAGUACGGGACGGUAUUCUACUCAAAUCAAUUGGGGGCAUGCGGCUUGGCAUGGUUCAGGAUAUGCCUCUGGGUGUUGAUCAUGGCUCCUCCGGAUUCUACACGGACUUGUUCCGAAUUCAAGUGAUCAACAAUGUACCGCUUGGCAGAGAUGAAAAGGUGUACCUGUCACGUGAAAUUGUGUUUGAUGUGUUGAGUCCGAAUGAUCCGCAUUUUUCACGUGUGCGCGAUUCAAUUAUGCUGGACAUCGUCAUUGAUGUCGAACCAGAAUCAACAAAGGCAAAGAACAAGAAUCAUACAGAAUCAUCUCGCCAUCAAAGCUACAAACAAGACACAGCUAUUAUUCGGCAAGAAUCACCCACGCUUUCUGACGACGAAACGCUUUUGAAGGGACGAAUAUCCCCGGCAUCGAGCGUACGAACAGCGUUAUCCGCAUUGAUGGAUCAUAUCUCUACUAUGCUGAGCGAUGAUACCAGUAGCGACCUAGACGAUGACAGUGAAAGCGGAUACUAUGGAGGCGUGCAGAGCUCUUUGUUCAAGAAGAAGACAUCUAAUAAUGCACCUACUACUCGGCUGGUACUUCCAGCCAUCAACUCCAUUGGAGCAGGUUCAGCUCCUUUACCUGAUGUUACAGACGCAGCCGUAUUUUCGCACAACGGUAAACCAUCGACAACACGCCUGACAUGGUCAAAAAUAUACUUGACCGAUGAGCUCUGCGAUCACCGUUUACCGGUAAACGUGCCGCGCGAAUACCAAGUGCUGGUAGUCAAGCGUGGAGGCUGUUCGUUCGCCGAGAAACUGAAGAAUAUCCCGGGCUAUCCUAACUCGGGAAGCAGUAACAAUAAUAAUCGUCUGCAACUUGUUAUUGUUGUGUCAUAUCCUGAACACGACGCAGAUUCGGUUUCUCCCUUAUAUCAAGAUGUUGAAGGCUUGCAAGCUAGCGACGAACAGAACUUUUACGAAGAACGAUAUUAUCAGCGGCCAUUCACAUCCACAAACCCGAACCAAAUGCAAGCCAGAGCAGCACUAGCUUCGGAGAGUAUGCUUGUCAGGCCACACUUGGACGAAAUACAAAUGACUUCAAGCGGGCUGCCGCGACGAGAGCCUAUUAGUAUGAUCAUGGUUGGUGGUGGGGAAGAGACAUACGAGUUCUUGAGGAAUUCUACCGGGUUGGGGAUUAGAAGGAGAUAUUUUGUAAAGAGUCAGGAUGUCCCGAUUGGGAAUUUGUAUAUAAUAUAA